UUUCUUUAUCCUCUUCCACCUCAUCUAACUUGUAUUUAUAACUCCGUCACAUGCUUUAUCCGAAUCUUUCUCCCCGCCGUUUCCGUCAUACUAUCUGUAUCUUUAUCUAUUCCAGAAUCCCAGAUCUCAAUGCUUCGUAGGUUUCCAUUUAUCUGGUAGUAUUAAUAACUCUCACGCGUCUCUCUUUUAAAUCAAUUCUAUAAUUGUAUCCCUUUUCUAUUAUGUGGGAUUUCGUUUCUGGUUUUUUGGGCAGGUAUUGAUGGUUUUGGGUCCCGAUUUGAAAACCCAUAUGGCUGUUGAGUUUAUAUUUUGGUUGCAUUUGGGCAUUUGAAAGGGAGAUUUGCGUGUUUUUUUUCUCCUAUCUGGGUUUAAGAUAGGAUUUACAGGUAUUUUGAACCACAGUUGGGAUUUGAAAGGUCGCGGCGGUUGUUCUUUUAUCAACGUUUUGGGGGUGAAGUGUGUGGAAUUGGGGAAUCUGACCACCAACGAACACUAUUUUUUCCUAAUUCUUUGCAGCUAAAGGAUUAAGCAUCAGAUGCAAUUAUAGGAGAAACCAGCUAUUCGAGUUUUGAGGUUGAAAUUGUUUUCUCAUUGAUUUCGUUUUUAGUUCUUGGUAGAUAUCCAAUUUUAAGUUUGCAGAGACAAACCCAUUCGCAUAAUCACCCUCUCAUGUUUCAUUAAAUUUCACAGCCAAACACAACCUGUAUUUUACGCAUGUCCCGUCUUUCAUUCUUACGGCUACACAUAAUUUUUUAAAUUUAGGUUGCCAAGUGAUCGUCUGCAUCAUAGUAUCUUAGAACUACUGUAGGUUUUUUUUUUCUCCUUCAGCCUUGAGCAGAUUCAGCAGUGAUACCACCACUCAUUUAGAAGCAACCUAUUAUAUUGACAAACAAUGGAUAUUAGUAACGAGGCCAGUGUUGAUCCCUUUUCGAUUGGACCUUCAACCAUUGUUGGUCGGACGGUUGCCUUCAGAAUUUUGUUCUGCAAGUCAGUCUCUCAUUUGAGGCAUCAAAUACUUCAUGUGUUGUUGAAUUUCAUAUAUAGAUUUAGGGACUUUGUGGCACCCAUGGCUGCAUGGUUGCAUCCCCGAAACCCACAAGGGAUAUUGGCAAUGGUGACAAUAAUUGCCUUCUUGUUGAAACGAUACACAAAUGUGAAGCAGAGGGCUGAAAUGGCUUACCGGAGAAAGUUUUGGAGAAAUAUGAUGAGAGCUGCAUUGACCUAUGAGGAAUGGGCUCAUGCUGCGAAGAUGCUAGAUAAAGAGACCCCAAAGAUGAAUGAGUCUGACUUGUAUGAUGUAGAACUAGUGAGGAACAAGCUUCAAGAGCUCCACCAUCGUCGCCAAGAAAGAUCUCUGAGAGAUAUUAUCUUUUGCAUGAGGGCUGACCUUAUCCGAAAUCUCGGCAAUAUGUGCAACCCUGAGCUUCACAAAGGUAGGCUUCAAGUGCCCAAACUCAUAAAGGAAUACAUCGACGAGGUCUCAACUCAGUUGAGAGUGAUCUGUGAUUCGGAUUCAGAGGAGCUAUCAUUAGAAGAAAAGCUUGCUUUCAUGCAUGAAACAAGGCAUGCCUUUGGAAGGACAGCUUUGCUCUUGAGUGGGGGCGCUUCCCUAGGAGCUUUUCAUGUUGGCGUUGUUAGAACACUGGUUGAGCAUAAGCUUUUGCCCAGGAUAAUUGCUGGCUCUAGUGUAGGAUCCAUUAUGUGUGCUGUGGUUGCCACUAAGUCAUGGCCUGAGCUGCAAAUUUUUUUUGAAGAUUCUUUACACUCAUUGCAGUUUUUUGAUCAGAUGGGUGGGAUUUUUACUGUAGUUAAGAGGGUCAUGACACAAGGGGCUGUUCAUGAGAUCAGAAAAUUGCAGAUGAUGUUAAGGCAUCUAACAAGUAACCUUACAUUUCAAGAAGCUUAUGAUAUGACUGGUCGAAUUCUUGGGAUAACAGUUUGCUCCCCAAGGAAGCAUGAGCCGCCUAGAUGCCUUAACUACUUGACUUCACCUCAUGUUGUUAUAUGGAGUGCAGUGACUGCUUCUUGUGCGUUCCCAGGCCUCUUUGAGGCCCAGGAGCUGAUGGCAAAGGAUAGAAGUGGAGAGAUUGUUCCUUAUCAUCCACCAUUCAAUCUAGGUCCGGAGGAGGGCUCCGGCACUCAUGUUCGUCGGUGGAGGGAUGGUAGUCUGGAGAUUGAUUUACCUAUGAUGCAAUUGAAGGAAUUGUUCAAUGUGAAUCAUUUUAUUGUUAGUCAGGCAAAUCCUCAUAUAGCACCAUUAUUGAGGAUGAAGGAAUUUGUGAGAGCUUAUGGAGGCAACUUUGCUGCCAAGCUUGCUCAUCUAGCUGAGAUGGAGGUGAAACAUAGAUACAACCAGAUUCUGGAACUUGGUUUCCCUUUAGGGGGACUUGCCAAGCUGUUUGCUCAAGAUUGGGAGGGUGAUGUCACCAUUGUUAUGCCUGCCACGCUUGCUCAGUACUCAAAAAUUAUACAAAACCCAUCAUAUGUGGAUCUUCAAAAGGCAGCAAACCAAGGGAGACGGUGCACUUGGGAGAAGCUCUCAGCCAUAAAAGCAAACUGUGGGAUUGAGCUUGCUCUUGAUGAGUGUGUUGCAAUUCUCAACCACAUGCGUAGACUCAAAAGGAGUGCUGAGAGAGCUGCUGCUUCUUCUCAUGGCCUAGCCAGCACAGUGAGAUUCAGUGCUUCCAGAAGAAUUCCUUCUUGGAACCACAUUGCACGGGAGAAUUCCACAGGUUCCCUUGAAGACCUCCUUGCUGAUGUCGCUCCCUCAUUUCAUCCAGGAGUUAGUGGAUCCACUGGAGGGGGACCUUCAGGUAAAAAUUUGCGAACCCAUCGCAACAUGCAUGAUGGAAGUGAUAGCGAGUCUGAAAGUGUUGAUUUGAAUUCUUGGACAAGGUCAGGUGGGCCCUUGAUGAGGACUACUUCAGCUGAAAAGUUUAUUCACUUUGUCCAAAAUUUGGAUAUCGAUGUUGAAGAAAACAGAGGUUUAAUAGCUAGUGCUAAUUCCAUUACACUUCACAUAGUUGGCAACAAUCAAUGUUAUCGUAGCCCAAGGGUGAAAACUCCAGAUAGAAGCUCAGAAGGCACAGAUUCCGAUCAGAGGGAUCUUGCCAACAGAGUUUCCACUAAUGGUUCCAGCAUAACAGUGACUGAAGGCGAUCUUUUGCAGCCUGAGAGUACCCAUAAUGGGAUUGUGUUUAAUAUUGUUAAGAGAGAAGAUUUGACAAUCCCACCUAGGAGUCAUGAUGCAGAAAGUUACAGUAGUGACGUUCCUGAAUGUGUGCAUCUUGACUGUCUUGAAAAGGAGAUUGAUAAUAGCUCUACGUCUGAAUAUGGUGAUGAAAAUGUCACUCCAACAAACAGCCUAAAUCUUCCAGUUUCUACUUCUAGGGAUCCUCCUGGCAUAGAUGAUGGUAGCAGUCAGCUUGUUGUUGAUGAUUAAUUUUGAGGAUCAUUUUGUUUCAAUGAUUCUGGAUUUUGCAUUUGAUCGCUAGAUUGUAAUCAAAUCCGAAGUUCUACUGUCUCCAGUGAAGUGUUGGACCAUGACUUCAAGAAAAUAUUAGAAGGGCUACCAAUGCAGCUUGAAGUUUCAAAUAGCUACCCCAUUUGGUAUUGCACUUCGUGGUAUUCCCACUAAUUUGGAAAGAAAGUCUCUUGAUUCUGGAUUCUGCAGACAUCGUCGCAUUGAAUAUGUAAGCUAAUCAUGCUAGUAGACACCACAGCUGAUCAUGUCAUUCUUAUAUGUCAACAAAUGAAUCUCUCUUUAUCUCA